AAUGCCUACAAAUCAGAAUGUUUCUCCAUCCCAGAGAGAUGAAGUGAGUCAGUGGCUGGCCAAACUCAAGUACCAAUUCAGCCUUUACCCAGAAACAUUUGCUCUGGCUAGCAGUCUUUUGGGCAGGUUUUUAGCUACUGUAAAGGCCCAUCCAAAAUACUUGAGUUGUAUUGCAAUCAGCUGUUUUUUCCUAGCUGCCAAGACUGUUGAGGAGGAUGAGAGAAUUCCAGUGCUGAUGGUGUUGGCAAGAGACAGUUUCUGCGGUUGUUCUUCGUCAGAAAUUCUGAGGAUGGAGAGGAUUAUUCUGGAUAAGUUGAGUUGGGAUCUUCACACAGCUACACCAUUGGAUUUUCUUCACAUUUUCCAUGCCAUUGCAGUGUCAAGUAGGCCUCAGUUACUUUUCAGUUUGCCCAAACUGAGCCCCUCUCAACAUUUGGCAGUCCUUACCAAGCAACUCCUUCACUGUAUGGCCUGCAACCAACUUCUACAAUUCACAGGAUCCAUGCUUGCUCUGGCCAUGGUUAGUUUGGAAAUGGAGAAACUUAUUCCUGAGUGGCUUCCUCUUACAACUGAACUGCUUCAGAAAGCACAGAUGGAGCGCUCUCGGCUGAUCCACUGUCAGGAGCUUGUGGGGCAUCACCUUUCUUCUCUGCAGUCUUCCCUGCCUCUAAAUUCCCUUUAUGUCUACCGUCCCCUCAAGCACACCCUGGUGACCUGUGACAAAGGAGUGUUCAGAUUACAUCCCUCCUCUGUUGCAGGCCCAGAUUCAGAUUUCUCCAAGGACAACAGCAAAUCGGAAGUGCCAGGCAGAGGUGCGGCAGCCUUCUGCCAUCAGCCGCCAGCUGCCCGUGGGUGCAAGCAUACCUCUGCUAAUGGCGAAGUGGAGGAGAUGGAAGUGGAUGACUUCUAUGACGGACUUAAAUGGCUCUAUAAUGAAGAUAAUGCUUCGGAAAAUGUGGGUUCUGUAUGUGGCACUGAUUUACCAAGGCGAGGGCAUGCUUCCCCUUGUCCACCUUUGCAGCCAGUUUCUGUCAUGUAGCUUCCAGUGUUACCUUCAAGUGCAAACUAAGGUAGACUACUCUGGGAAUGGGAACAUGGGAAAACCAGGAAAGGCUAUAUACAGGUGCAUACCUUAGCAGGCCAAUUUGAAGUGAGCCAGAAAAAAAGCCCGUUUACUUGUGUGGCAAAUUAUAAUCGACAUUAUUUAAGCAUUUAAAGACCAAAAAAAGUGUGAAAUUCAAAAGAUCCAAAUUUUUUUUAAAGUAAAAAAAAAAUUUUGUAGUGUUUGUCAGUUCCACCCUUUUCUCUGCUAAAAUGUAGUGGAGAUUGACCCAUCUCAAAGAUUCAUAUUCAGUGUUUUUUUUAAAGUUCCAGAAUUCAUAGCUGGCACACACUCUGUCUCCAGCAUCCUGAUUUAAUUUUCCUCGUUUUUGCUUGCUUCUUUAUUGAAUACUUAAUGAACUUUAUGCAUGUGGAUCUAUAGCCUGACUUCCACUGAUUAGGAAACCCUCAAAAUCAUUUUUUAGCAAUUUGGUGAAUAAAUUAUUUCAGUGUGACAGCCAUGUUUAAUCCAGGAUUCAGAUUAAUCCAAAAAGGGUACUUCAGAAUUGCCCCAUAUGAAUGAGAGGUGGUAAUAGAAAAAGGACUGGCGUUACCACAUUGAUUUUGUGUUUGUCUCAUUUCAAUUCUUGGAGGCUGGAAACAAAAUUACUGUUUUCAUUUUUGUUUAUCUUAAAUUGGAACUUAAAAGUGGCAUGUAAUUAGGACACUCUGAGAUUUGUUGAAAGCAUUUUUGACUUUUGUAUAAAAGAAUUUGUGUUAGGUAUAUCCAGGUGCUCACCAAAGAAACAUGUAACAACUAAGGUUUUGGUUUUUUUGUUUUGUUUUUGGUAACUGAUCAGUUUUCACUCAUUUAUAAUCAGUAGGAGAGACCGUCUAGAUGUUGGGGCAGCCCUAUGAUUGGGGUCUGUAACGUGUAAUAACUGAAUUCAGUACCCUAGAUUUAUGCUAAGCUAUUAGUAUUUUCUUGAUGAAAGUUAUUUACCCUACCUGUAUUUCUCUUAAUGACUUAUGGAUCCUGAGCUCCCUGUGCAGUCUGAAGAAGGUAUUGCAGUCAGAACCAUGUACUGAUGAUAAAAGCCUCUGGUAGCAAUAAAAGUUGUCCUCAAAAAAAAAAAAA